GGGGAUACCCGCGGGCGACCCGGUUUGCUGCCGUGUGCUCUCUUUAGUGUUGGCGCCGUGGCACGGGUUGGUGGGCUCCUGCGGGGCUGGGCACUGGAGCUACGUAGACGACCGGUCACUGAAGACGAGCACGUUGGGGGACCUCCAGUCCCAGCUGCAGGUCACCCAGGAGUUCGACGCCGCGGUCGGCUUGACGGAGAACGACGGCAAGCGGCAGAUGUGGGCGGGGUCUGGCGCCGCCGAGCACCUGGGCAUAAUCGCUCAGCCAGCGGCCGGCCUCCGACCGCACUUGCCCCCGCCGAGGGACGGUUGGGAUCCCGUGGUGGACGCGGCCCGGCGCGCUCGGUGCGUCCCAGGCGGAGCCGAGUUGCGGGAGCAGGUCGUGAAGUGGGCACUGAAUAAGUACAUGUGGGCGGCCCCCUUCGUGGAGCAUCCGCCAGCGGCCCUGGCGAGGGAGUGCAUGAAAGCCAUAUCGGCGCAGAAAUCGACAUGGUGGUGCGCCCGCCGCUUCUGGGCGGACAGGAUCAUGACCCACCCCAGCCUGGCGUUGUCGUGCCGGGCGUUGCAGGCGGCGCGCGGCCUCCCGUGGUCGAGCAUGCUCGAGGUGGCUCUGGACACCCAUUGCAGCAAGCUCGGGCUGCGCAUGGCGGACUUGCCCGGCCCCCUCCCGGAGGGCAUCUGGGUGGUUCCAGGGGCUGGCCUGGACCGCCGUGCCCGGGUGGGGUGGUGGGAGGCUCAGCCUCGGGUGACGGCCAAGUCUGCUUGGGUUACUUAUCACGCGGACCCGAGCCCACGCCGGCGGGCCCAGUUGCAGCUCGCCGCGGCGCAGCUGGCCCUGCAGGUCAUGGAGGCUUUGCAAGGCAGCGGAACGGGGGGCCCCAGCGCCCCGAGGCGGUGGCGGUUGGAAGCGUUCGCGCACGAAGCGGCGGAUUAUUCUCAGCGGUCGCUGGCGGAAGUUUUACCGCGGGGCGUCGCGGAAGUCGGGCCAGCGGCGGCCGGCGGUGCUAGAGCGGUGAGCGUUGAUGGCCCUCAGGCUGACGGCGCGGCGCUGCAGUCCGCGGCCAACGUCGCGAUGGCAGCGGCGGCGGCG